AUGGCUUCUAACACAAGUUUCCUCUUCGCCACCGUAACUCUUCUCCUCGUCGCCAGCAUCUCCGGCAGAAAUCUCCCCGCUACGGCUGACUCCACAAACAUUGCGGCGAGGCUUAACGGAGGAGGGCUGAUGGAGUGCUGGGACGCACUGUACGAGCUCAAAUCAUGCACCAACGAAAUCGUUCUCUUCUUCCUCAACGGCGAGACCAAACUCGGCGUUGGUUGCUGUCACGCCGUUGAUGUCAUCACCAUCGAUUGUUGGCCGGCGAUGCUUACCUCUCUUGGCUUUACAUCUGAGGAGACCAACGUCCUCCGUGGCUUCUGUCAGUCUCCAAAUUCCGGUGGUUCUUCUCCGGCUCCUUCCCCAGUGAAACUUUGA